CGUGGGCUUGAACGCAUCCGGAGCUGGUCACUUAGCCAACGAGUUGAGGGUGGAACCGAGCUGAAUCGGGACACACGGUCACAAAACCCACUCCAGGCACCGGAAACGUCAUUUAAAAUGCGACCACUUCGCUAAAGUUAAAGUGUUGUGUUGAAGUUGUGACGUUGAGCCGAGUGACGGGGCGGGGGUGGGGGAGGAAGAGGACGAAGAAGAAGAAGAACCCGAGACCAGAGCACUUCUGGUGUAAUUGAACUGCCCGCUGAACAGCCAGGAAGCCAGCUGGGGCACCAGCAACAGCGUCUAUGAUGGCCUCGCUCGCGGACGGCGGCAGCGGAGGUAUCCCCGCCCUCGGCUCGGAGCUGCCGGCCAUGUUCGACGGCGUGAAGAUGGCGGCGGUGGCCACCGUCCUCUACGUCAUCGUGCGCUGUCUCAACCUCAAGAGUCCCCCGUCGCCCCCGGAGGUCAGCCACCAGGACACGCCACUCACCCGCUACCUGCUUAAAUGCUGCCCCUUGUUGACCAAAGAAUACAUUCCCCCCCUGCUGUGGGGGAAGAGCGGUCACAUCCAGACGGCGCUGUACGGCAAGGUGGGCCGCGUGUGCACCCCGACGCCCCGCGGGAUCCGCAAGCUUCUCCCCAUGCACGACGGGGCCACGGCCAGCUUUGACCUCUUUGAGGCGCUGGUCGACCACUGCACUGGAGAUGACAUCACCAUGGUCAUCUGCCCCGGCAUCGGUAACCAUAGUGAGAAGAACUACAUCCGCACGUUCGUGGAUCACUCCCAGCGGCAGGGCUACCGCUGCGCCGUCCUCAACCACUUGGGAGCCUUGCCCGACAUGGAGCUGACGUCACCGCGCAUGUUCACCUACGGUUGCACAUGGGAGUUUGCGGCCAUGGUGAGCUACGUGAAGCAAGUACUCCCCCGCACGCUGCUGGUGGUGGUGGGCUUCAGUCUGGGGGGCAACAUCGUAUGUAAAUUCCUGGGCGAGAACCCAUCUAAUCAGGAGCGAGUGCUAUGCUGCGUCAGCGUCUGCCAGGGUUACAGCGCCCUCAGAGCACAGGAAACGUUCCUUCAGUGGGAUCAAUGUCGACGACUUUACAACUUUGUCCUGGCUGAAAACAUGAAGAAGCUCAUCUUGUCGCACAGGAACAGCUUGCUCGGCGUGGCCUCGAGCAACAUCAGUGACGCUGACCUGAGCCGACUGUGCGCCGCCACGUCUCUCAUGCAGAUUGACGACAGCAUCAUGAGAAAGUUCCACGGGUACAGUUCUCUGGAGGAGUACUACAAGCAGGAGAGCUGCGUGCGCUACAUGCACAAGGUCACCGUGCCGCUCCUGCUGAUGAACUCUUCCGACGACCCACUUGUGCAUCGCUCCCUGCUCGCCAUCCCACGUACACUCUCAGAGAAGAUGCCCAACGUGAUCUUCGCCCUCACUCAACACGGCGGCCACCUGGGCUUCUUCGAGGGGGCCGUGCUGUUCCCUCAGCCCCUAACGUGGAUGGACAAGGUCAUCGUGGAGUUCGCCGACGCCAUCUGCCUUUGGGAGAGUGGCCGUCCACCCUGCUUCGCAAAAAGCCAGCCCGACCUCAGUCAGGGGCGACCGCCCUCCUCCUGGCCCUCGGUUUCUGCAUUAUUUCAGUGCGACUGGUUAUAGUAGGAAACCCCGAUGCGUUUUAGCACAGUGGAAAUCCAUCCAUUUGUUCUAGUGUGUAUCCUCGUCAUGGUUACGGGUGAGCUGAAGCCUAUCAUAGCUGAUUUUAAGCGAAUGGCGGUGUACACCAUGGACUGGUCGAUCGUAGGGCACAUACAGUGGGUAUAAAAGGUCAACACACCCCUGUUCAAUUGCCAGGUUUAUGUGAUACUAAAAAAUGAGUCCAAGACAAAUAAUUUCAAAACUUUUUCCACCGUUGUCCACACCUGCCACCAUUUAAAGUGCCUCUGAUUAGCAUCAAAUAUAGUUUAACUCUUCUUGGAGGCUUUUCAUUGACAUUUUUCUUUUGCGUUCUAGCAGAAACCUGAAGGUUUUAUACUAACACUAACUGCUUAUUUGAACUGAUCAUAAUUCUUUCCACCUUGUAUAAGCCCCCAGGUCCAGCUCUGUAUUUUUUUAUAUGUAUAAAAAAAAAAAAAAAAAAAAAACUUGCAUUUGAACAUGGGUGUGUAGACUUUUUAUAUUCACUGUACAGUAACAGAGGCCGGGCCCUGCCAGGGCCUUGACACCAAUUCCUAUUUGGAUAGGCUUUGGCACCAACUUGUGGGAUCUGAAGGCAUUAUGGAAAAAGCACACAAAAAAACACAAAUAGCUGAAUUUAUUAAGGGUGAAGCGUGAAUAUACAGAGGUUUUACUUAAACGGCAAAUUUAAAAAAGACUGCAACCAGGUUUAAUGGUAAAAAUGUCAAAACAAUAAAAGUUAACGAAGGAUUAGUACAAAUUGUCAUAAAUGUACCUCACUUUUUUUUUUUGUUAACCCUGAACCAAAGUCAGCUGGGAAAGGCUCCCCUGAGCGGGAUAAUAUGGAUGAAUGAAUGAAUCCUUUAAUGCGUGCUGCACUGAGGUCUGAAAAUUUAGUAUUAUCUUUUUUCCAACUGUGAGACCUCAGGGUGGCUUGUUGGUCCCACUGUACCUUUGCUGUCUACUGUCUGUGAUUUGUUUUUUUUAACUGUUGCUGCAGAUUCCUGAUGAUUAAGUUUCUGAAUAUGAUGAAGUUUACAGAGGAGAUUUAUGGCGUUUAUAAAUUGUUGAUGCUGUUACGUGGCCUUGCACUACUUUUGAAUACGGUGGAAACUGGAUUGGGUAUUUAUUGCAGGACAACAUAUUGACUAUGCACUUUAGAGUCUUUCUGUGACUGUUUUUACUUUUUCAACUGUUCAUGAUCUUCAUAAUAAACUACUUGAUCUAC